AUGUCCGGGGCGGACAGAAAUGGAACCUUCCCGCGCCUUUCACAGACAUCCGUCUCCGACUCGUCAUCGGACGGCGUCCACGUGUACGUGUGGCUGUUCCUGGGCCUGCUGAUGCUCCUGCUCAGCCUGCUCUUCGUCGCCCUCCACAGGUUGAAAAACAUCAUCUCGUCCUGGUCACCCCGCUCCUCAUCCUGCGGCGAACCCCGCAGCGCCUUCACCAACGUGGAGAUCUGCAGCGUGUCAUCCUCGCGGAGGUCCACUAUCUCCUCACAGGGGGCCUGA